UUUUUAAAAAGGACCAAUCUUCCAUUCUUUUUUCCUUUCAAUUUCCCGUUCACAAGAAUCUGCAAGCAACUGUACCAUAGCGACAACCUCAGACAAACCUUCAAUUUUCAACAAUGGCGGGCGACUUAUUCGGCGACUUACCACCUCCUUCAUAUCAUUCACCUUCUACUCAAGAACAAGAACAACAACAGCAACAUCUUCAAAAUCACAAAUCCGUGAAAAUCAAUGAAAUCAAUACACAUAGUAUUAAUAAAGAUCCAAAUUCACUCCCUCCUCCUCCCCUCAAAAGCGCCAUGAAACGGUCCAAACCUCCAGAAAUCACCUCACCAGAUGAUAUUGGAUCUGGAAAGAAACUGAGGUUUAAAACCACCACGGAUGCAUCUGUCUCACAGAUUGUAGAAGCUAUGCAGAAGAUAGCCUCUCAUAUUGCGAACCCUGCUAAAUUCGGUAAAGCUUCAAAGUUGGCUGUACAAUUGAUUCAGGCUGGAAGUGUUAAACCUGAAACCGCUGAUCACUUCUUUGCUAUACUGGAAGCAGCAAUGUUUUCGCCUACUGUGUGUAACGAUGCUUCUGUACGAGCAGAUUAUCACGCAUUGUUCUCUGCUGCAGAAGAUGCAAAAGAAUGUCUGAAUACGUGUCAGAAGAACCAGCUAACAGCAUGGACCGUCCGGGCUGUGGUGGCAAAUGACUUGUGUACUGAUGACAGCUUUGUGUUCUCAAAAGCUGCUGGACGCAUCAAAGAUUUGAUAUCUAAUCUUCCUGUGGCAACCAAGGAAGAUGAUUCCGAGGAAGCUGCAGCUCUUGAAGAUCAAAAAGAAAUGGCUAGUAGGGAGGUUCAGUCAAACCAAGAUGUGAUUUCUUCUACUGAGGUUACCACCAAAGAAGAGCUUGAUCCUUUUGGGCUUGAUGCUCUUAUCUCAUGUAAACCAAAAAAAGAUGAGAAAGCAAAAGAAAAUAAAGGGAAGGAGGAAGAAGAGACAAUGAGAUUUCUGAGGUUACAAAGAGAAGCCAUAAUCAGUUGUUUGGAGAUCGCUGCAAAGCGCUAUAAAAUCCCAUGGUGUCAGACUGUCAUUGACAUACUGGUGAAACAUGCUUCUGAAAAUGUAUCGAGGUUCACCUCUCGUCAAAGGGAUGCCAUAGGAAAACUGUGGGCUUCAAUACGGGAGCAACUUUCUCGUAGAAAACAAGGGAAGUCAGUUUCCGGUAAGCUUGAUGUGACUGCUUUUGAAUCUCUUCAGGAGAAGUACUCAAAUGAGAAGAUCAGCAUUCGUCGUGCUGUUGGGGGUGCUGGGGACCGUCGUUGUCAACAGUGGCUUGGUUGAUUUAAUUGAGAAAAUGGUGUUUGAAUAUCUAUCUGGGGAUAGAAAGAAUAUCAUUUUCAUUGAGAAAGAGAACUCUAAGCUCUAACUGUAUAUACUCUACUACUUUUAAGUUACAAAUGUAUUACAUUCUGUUUAUUUUUUC